AUGGUAUCAGAGCCAAGUUUCAUGGGACGAGGCUUAAUCUUAAACACAGCUUACGUGGAUCCAACUAUGAAGGAUUUUAAACACACAAGGUUUGAAAUGAAGGAUUUGGGUUCUCUACGAUAUUUCUUAGGUAUUGAGGUAGCCUGCUCACCUAGAGGUUAUCUUCUUUCUCAAUUGAAAUAUGUUGUAGAUAUUCUUGAGCAGGCUAGACUUACUAAUAAUAAGACUAUAGAUACUCCGAUUGAGGUUAACGCAAAGUAUUCUUCUUCUAAUGGUUUACCUUUGUCAGAUCCUACUUUAUACCGUACUAUUGUUGGAAGCUUGGUAUAUCUCACUAUUACUCAUCCAGAUAUUGCAUAUGCUGUUCAUGUUGUUAGUCAGUUUGUUGCUUCUCCUACUACAGUUCAUUGGGCAACUGUUCUUUGUAUUUUGUGGCAUCUUCGGGGUACAGUCUUUCAGAGUCUUUUACUUCCAUCCACUUCUUCCUUGGAGCUGCGUGUAUACUCUGAUGCUAAUCAUGGCAGUGAUCCCACAGAUCACAAGUCUGUUACUGGUUUCUGUAUCUUUUUGGGUGAUUCUCUUAUUUCUUGGAAGAGCAAGAAACAAUAUAUUGUUUCUCAUUCUUCAAUCGAAGCAGAAUAUCGUGCUAUGACAUCUACUUCCAAAGAGAUUGUUUGUAUUCUUCUAAAACUCUAUCUGCUUGACUAUAGAAGGAGGCUAAUGGCGUUGGAUGAUUAUAACAAUUCACACGAGAAAAACAUCAUGCUUGGGCAUUCCUAUUCGCAGAAACCUUGUUUAUAUUGUAGGGAUCAGCAGCGUUGCAAUCCAGAACAACUCUAG